AUGAAUGAAAUCAACAAUAUUAGAAAGGAUGAAGCUGCUACGAUUAUUGAUUUCAUCAGGCUAGAGCCAAAAGUCAAAGCAAACAGAAAUGUUUUUCUGAAUGCCCCAAUUUUAAGCUCAAUAACAACUUCAGACACAGAUGCUGUUGCUAAUAUCCCACUAUUUUUGUUGUUUCCAAACCCACAGCAAAUAAUCAAUUCUAAUACCAUCACAAAUGAAGAGAAUCCUCAAGUCCCACCAACAGAUUUAGAGACACCCAUCAAUGUCUUGAACCCAAUUGUUGUCUCAGCUUCUCAGUCAUCAUCGGUGGUAAGCUUCACUACCCUAUUAUCUUCUACAUAUUGA